AUGGACCCUCUUCUUCCUUCCCCAAAGCUACUACUAUUCACUAUUCUGCUACCACUAGUUUCAUUCAGCUCAUUGGCACAAUAUCCUAAUAAUAAGGCUCCUUGUGAUUUCCCGGCUAUAUUCAACUUCGGAGACUCGAAUUCCGACACCGGCGGCCUUUCGGCGGCUUUCGGCCAGGCCCCGUCACCCAAUGGGGAGUCCUUUUUCCAUGGCCCGGCCGGCCGCUAUUCUGACGGCCGACUAGUCAUAGAUUUUAUUGCUGAGAGCUUGGGGCUACCGUAUCUAAGUGCCUACCUUGAUGCAUUGGGCUCCAACUUUACUCACGGGGCGAACUUCGCAACGGCUGGAUCGACCAUCAGGCCUCAAAACACAACCCUGCAUCAGAGUGGGUUCAGCCCGUUUUCACUGAACGUGCAAUACUACCAAUAUAACGAUUUUCGGCACCGAUCCAAGCUCAUUCGCGAUAAAGGGGGCGUUUACGAGGGGCUACUGCCCAAGAACAAAGAUUUUCGGCGCGCAUUGUACGCAUUUGAUAUCGGACAGAACGAUUUGACCGCGGGAUAUUUCCUUAACAUGACGACCGAUCAAGUCAGAAGAUACGUGCCCGACGUAUUGGAUCAAUUCAAAGUCGUUAUUAAGAACAUAUAUAAUGAUGGAGGAAGGUCAUUCUGGAUACAUAACACAGGCCCGGUUGGCUGCUUGCCUUAUAUUAUGGACCGGCUUGCGAUAACAGCUGCCCAAGUAGAUAAGGCUGGCUGCGCGAGCCCAUUUAAUGAGGUUGCUCAAUAUUUCAACCUCAGGCUAAAAGAAACGGUUGUCCAGCUUAGAAAGGAACUCCCUUCGGCUGCCUUAACCUAUGUGGAUGUCUACUCAGUCAAGAUUUGUGAACCCUUUGCGAGCUUGUUGUGGGCAUGGAGGAAAGUACAACUACAACAUUCACAUUGGUUGUGGGGGGAAAAUCAAAGUGAACGGGAAAGAGAUUGUGGUGGGAAAAUCGUGUGA